GUCAAGGUUCUUCUUCUGGGAUCUAUCCAUCUUCUUCGUCAAGCUUCAAUUCCAAUCCUACAGAUACCCUCCUCCUACCAGCACAAUGGCCGCUCUCUCGCCUUACAAGGCUGACUUCCUCAAGGCCUCCAUCGACGGCGGCGUCCUCAAGUUCGGCAGCUUCGAGCUCAAGUCCAAGCGCAUCUCCCCCUACUUCUUCAACGCCGGCGACUUCUACCGUGCCGACCUUCUCCAGGCCAUCUCUACUGCCUACGCCAAGUGCAUCAUCGAGGCUCACAAGAGCGGCCAAUUGGACUUUGACAUCGUCUUCGGCCCCGCCUACAAGGGCAUUCCCCUCGCUACCGCUGCCACCGACAAGCUUGCCCAGCUUGACCCCGAGACCUACGGCAAGAUCUGCUACUCUUUCGACCGCAAGGAGGCCAAGGACCAUGGCGAGGGAGGCAACAUUGUUGGCGCCCCUCUGAAGGGCAAGAGAAUCCUCAUCGUUGACGAUGUCAUCACUGCUGGCACUGCUAAGCGUGAGGCUAUCGCCAAGAUCGAGAAGGAGGGCGGCAUUGUUGCUGGAAUUGUCGUUGCUCUUGAUCGCAUGGAGAAGCUCCCCGCCGCCGACGGUGACGAUAGCAAGCCCGGCCCCAGUGCCAUGGGUGAGCUCCGCAAGGAGUACGGCAUUCCCAUCUUUGCCAUCCUUACUCUGGACGACAUCAUCGAGGGCAUGAGGGGUCUUGCUUCCCCUGGGGACGUCAAGAAGACGGAGGAGUAUCGCGCCAAGUACAAGGCUACCGACUAAAAGCUGGAGUUGAAUUCUAAUAAAAGUAACAUGUAUAUCACAGAAAAUGGGGUUGUCUGGUUCUAUUUGCGCAUCCAAUGAAGCUACCCGCCGACUUUGGGAUCCUAUAGAAGAUCUGAUCUGGAUUCAACAAGUUUUGGGCCCCGCCACAAAUUGUUGGUU